AUGAAUUUUAACUUUUCCAGUUCUGGUAGCAGCAGCAGUGGAGGAAGUUUCAAUCUUCCAAGCAGCAGCAGCAACACCAAUCCACAAAUUCCUUCUUCUCAACCAACACCUCCUGGAAUUCGUUCCUCCAAUGUUGGUCAUGAUGAUGUCCAUCCUCAAAUCAAUCCUCCAAUUCAUAUUCCUUCCUCAAUCAGUGAUGAAGGAUCCAGCGGUAGUAGUGGUAGUCAGGUGGGUCCUCAUGAUCCCAUGUUUUCAGGAACGCAUCGACCUUCGGAACAGCAUCCUCAUUUUGAUCCCGUAUAUCCUCAUAAUCCAAUGGGAGAUCCUAUACCAGAUCAUCAGAGAGUACCCCAUGAUUUGGGAAAUGAGGACAACAUGAUGGAAGGACAUCACGAGCAAUAA